CGCUCACUCAGUUGUCCGCCGACCGCCGAGCAGUAGCGAGCCCGUCACAUCCGCUGCUGGUAUCGCCGACACAGUGGGGAACGGCCUGCGCGCUGGAGAAACGUAACAGUCUCAGGAGCGGCCACGCGAUGCGCCCGUCGACGCUGUUCUCGUCGUGCGUGCUGGUGGCGUUCGUGUACCUGCUGGUGUGGGCCGUCGAGGAGGCGAUGGGCGCCGGCGUCGCGGCCGCAGCGGAGGGCACGGGCCGCAUCGCCUUCCACGGCGACGCCGCGCCGGACCUGCUGGUGUCCGCCCCCGACACCGCAGACGACGCCUCCCCCUCCGCCCCCGCCGCGGACGUCGACCUCACCGCCCCCGAGCACGUGCGCGCCGCCUACCGCCAGCACUACGACGGCGACUACACUCUCGACUUCGGCUACCACAACUACGACCGCAUGACCAAAUUCCUGCGGAUGACCUCCGUCAAGUUCCCGACGCUCACCGCUCUUUACUCCAUCGGGAAGUCUGUGCAAAACCGCGACCUGUGGGUGAUGGUGGUAUCUUCGUCGCCGUACGAGCACAUGAUCGGGAAGCCGGACGUGAAGUACGUGGCCAACAUGCACGGCAACGAGGCCGUGGGUCGCGAGCUCAUGCUCCACCUCAUCCAUUAUCUGGUUACAAGCUACCACACAGACCCGUACAUCAAGUGGUUGCUGGACAACACACGCAUCCAUAUCCUGCCAUCUAUGAACCCUGACGGCUUUGAGGUGGCUCGUGAGGGCCAAUGUGACGGCGGCCAGGGGAGGUACAAUGCACGAGGUUUUGAUUUAAACCGCAACUUCCCAGAUUAUUUCAAGCAGAAUAACAAACGAGGGCAGCCGGAAACAGAUGCAGUGAAAGAGUGGAUCUCUAAGAUUCAGUUUGUGCUAUCAGGAGGUCUACAUGGAGGGGCACUUGUAGCAAGCUAUCCAUUUGACAAUACACCAAAUUCGAUGUUUCAAAGCUAUGCAUCAACACCAUCAUUAACACCAGAUGAUGAUGUAUUCCGGCAUUUGGCUCUUACUUACUCUGAGAACCACCCUGUAAUGCGGUUAGGUGGUGCCUGCAAACCUGGCGCACCUUCGUUCAGUCGUGGUAUCACUAAUGGUGCAGCAUGGUAUCCACUAACAGGUGGCAUGCAAGACUUCAACUAUGUAUGGUAUGGUUGCAUGGAAAUAACUCUGGAAUUAUCUUGCUGCAAGUACCCAAGAGCCUCUGAGCUGCCUCGUUACUGGGAAGAAAAUAGAAUGUCACUCGUUAAAUUUCUUGCUGAAGCUCACAGAGGCAUUCAUGGAUUUGUUAUGGAUGAGAAUGGCAAUCCAAUUGAGAAAGCAUCUUUAAAAAUAAAAUCUCGAGAUGUUGGUUUCCAAACAACAAAAUAUGGUGAAUUCUGGAGAAUAUUGCUUCCUGGAGUAUAUAAAUUAGAAGUUUAUGCUGAUGGUUACAUCCCUCGUGAGCUAGAAUUCACAGUUGUGGAACAGCAUCCAACACUUCUCAAUGUUACAUUGCAUCCUGCAAAGCGCCAAGACAACUUCUACAGGCCAACACACCAUUCUGGAGGACCGUACUUUCACCGCCCAAGUGGUGGGCCUAUCAGUAAACCCCUUGGAAGCAAUGGUGGUGGCUUCCUUUCCAGCAUAAGCUCUGGUUUCAACAACCUUGUCAGUAAUUUCUUUGGCUGAGUUGAGGGCCCAAAGUUCACACUGACUAUGAGUGUUCCCACAUCAUUCUUGACAAUACCGAAAGAACAAGUGACAAAGUUUUGCUACAAGUUUUGUACAUCCCACCUUCAUAGUUUUGUGUAUGACAAAAGUACAAGUGAUAUGUGUACUUACAUGAAGUGUAUUUCUACAGAUUACUCAAUCCAGAGAAAAAGGUGCACUAUAUAUGAACUAAGUCUGGAAGUAUUUUCAAAAUUUAUUAUUGUGAAUGUAAGUCCUAGUCUUAUUCUCUCUCCUCAAAGAAUAUUGUAAAUAAUUCUUUUGCUCUUCUGGAUACAGAAGCAGUAUUUUUUUGGGAUAGAUGUGCAUCACAUGGUGUCCUGAGCAAAAAUUUUGUUCAUAACCUGGACAAUUCAGCUUCCUACUUCUAUGUACUGAUUUCUUUCUGGAAAAACAUGUUUGUAUUAUAUUUUUAUGUAUUAUUAUAUUUAUGAACCCCAAUUAAAAAUAAUAAUUCCAGUUA